CACUAACGUAUACAUUUGGAUUUUUAGAAAACAGCAACUGCUGUUGCCCACUGUAAAAGAGGAAAUGGCCUCAUUAAAGUAAAUGGAAGACCGCUGGAAAUGAUUGAGCCCAGAACUCUGCAGUACAAACUGCUUGAACCUGUCCUUCUCCUGGGCAAAGAACGCUUUGCUGGUGUUGACAUCAGAGUCCGUGUGAAGGGUGGUGGCCAUGUAGCACAAAUCUAUGCUAUCCGUCAAGCUAUUUCCAAAGCAUUGGUGGCUUACUAUCAAAAAUAUGUUGAUGAAGCUUCCAAGAAAGAGAUCAAGGAUAUUCUAAUCCAGUAUGAUAGGACUCUGCUGGUCGCAGAUCCACGCCGUUGCGAGUCCAAGAAAUUCGGAGGACCUGGUGCCCGUGCACGCUACCAGAAGUCUUACCGUUAAAGUUGUUCUACAAUCUUGUGACAGUCAAUAAACAGGAAAAGAAUUUGAUAAAUA